CUGGGGCAGGAGGGGAUGGUGGUGGACUGGGGUAAGGUUUGCCCUAUGGGGUUGGGAUGAUGGCAGUGGGUGGCAGCGCCUGGGACCGGAGCGUGGGAGCCGCGGCGGUAGCUGGAGCACCGGCUGCUGUCCCGUGUGCCGGCCAAGCAAUAAACCAGCUGGUGCACGCUCGCUCUGCCUCACCUCUCCCUUGGCCCCGGUGGCAUCAUGAGACCCUGCAGCACCAUGGUGGGUACACGGCACAGCUCCAGCCUCACGGUGGGGAUCAGCACCGGUACCCUGGUCUGUGGCAGCAGGAAGGGAGGCUCAGCCUGUGCCAGGGCAGGCAGGUCCCUCCCACCCCGGCGCUCCCGUCAGGUGGUUUCGCACCCCUUGGCCCUGGUUCCAAAAAGCAUUUCCUCCUGCGCGGCAGUGGUAAAAGCCUCCGUGGGGAGGGCUGGGGCUCACUCACUGCGCUGCCGGCGGCGGCCAUGGGGUGCUGGGGCCCCCUGCAUGGGUGCUGAGCUAUCCCACACCACACUGCACCGCGCUCACUGCCCGGCAUGACCCAACCGCGGCACCUGCAAGGAUGAAGCGCUGCUGCCCGGGCGCAGGAUGGGUGAUCCUAGCAGUGCUGUGGUUCGCAGCGGGUGAAUCGCAGCCCCCAGACCGCCGGGACUGCGCCGUGCCCCGGGGGCAGCGGGUGCCGGUGCGGCUGCAGAGGCACAUCACCAAACCCCGCUGCCCCCUCGGCAUGAACUGGGUGGAGGCGGUGCGCCGGUGCUGCUCCCAGUGUCCUGCAGGGAUGUUCCUGAGCAGCCCCUGCUCCAGCCGUGGCAACGACACCAACUGCACCUCCUGCUCCGCCGGCACCUUCCUCACCCAGCCCAACACCCUCACUGAGUGCCAGGCUUGCUACGAGUGCGACCACCAAACUUUCCAGACCGUGCUGACCAACUGCACAGCCACCAGCAACGUGGUCUGCGGCUGCGAGCCCGGCCGCUUCCGCCAGUGCCACAACAGCGCCUGCACCGAGUUCUCAUGCCAACAGUGUGACCCCUGCGCCGGGCGGCUCAUCCUGCGGCCCUGCUCAGAGGCACAGGACACAGUCUGUGGUGGCUGCAAACCCAACUUCUACUCCGAGGGCACGGAAUGCCGGCCGUGCCACACGAGCAUCCCGGAGACGUGCGGCAAAGAGUGCCAGCGGGUGUGCGGUGUCAGCGGUGGCCAAGGCUCAGGGCUGGAAUACAUCCUGCUGGCGCUCACUGGGCCCCUCUUUCUGGGUGCCCUCGGUAUCUACCACAAGAGGAAGCGUCUCCAGCACAGAACCCCAGCAGGCAGCCCCCUCACCCCGAUAUCCAGCCCUGUGGCCAUACCACAGUGCCAGGUCAGUGCCCAGGGGUGGGACAACCAGUGCUGGACCCAGCCACUCUCCCCACUAUUGCAGCAGCAUGACAGCAGCGUGGCAAGGCAGAGCCCCGUACAUGAGGCACUACUGCGGGGCCAGCCCUGCGAGCUGGAGCCCUCUGUGCCCCCGGAGCCCCGCGGCACCCUGCUGCAGGGCAGCCAGCUCUACGCCGUCAUCGAUGCUGUGCCGGUGCGGCGCUGGAAGGAGUUCAUGCGGAUGCUGGAGCUGCGGGAGGCAGAGAUCGAGCUGGUGGAGCUGGAGGUGACCCACAUCCGCGACCAGCAGUACGAGAUGCUGAAGCGCUGGUGCCAGCAGACCAGCGCUACCCUCGACCGCAUCUUCACCACGCUGGAGCGCAUGGAGCUGGCCGGCUGUGCCGAGGUGCUGCACCGGAGCCUGUCAAUGGGACCCUGACCUCUGGUGCUGCGCCCCAUCAGAGGGAGGAGCCUCAGCCGAGCCGUACCCCUAAGUAUUGUUACUUAUGCCGUGUAGACAUUUUAUGUCAGUUUUACGUCCCCUUCCUGCCUGCCGGCCCCCCCUAUUUAUAUCCCCCUGCUCCCGGGGCCAGAGGGGACCCCGCAUAGCGGCUGCCCAGCCCCUCGCAGGAUGAGGGGGCACCGAGCCCCUUUGAACCCAUGGGAUAGUUCUCGAGGCCGCCCGCAGCCGGCGGCACGUGCCCCCACCCCAAUAA